AACAAUAAACAAAGAUUCUAAGAGUUUUGAAACAAAAAAAAAGAGCAAGAAAGAUAUUCAGAGAGAGAAAAAAAUGGAGUGGAAGACCUGGUACUUAGAUGCAGUUCUUGUUCCUUGUGCUUUACUUAUGAUGUUUUGUUACCACAUCUACUUGUGGUAUAAGGUUCGAACCGAACCUUUUUCUACCAUCGUCGGAACUAAUUCUCGCGCCCGUCGAUCUUGGGUAGCUGCCAUCAUGAAGGACAACGAGAAGAAGAAUAUCUUAGCGGUACAAACACUAAGAAACACGAUAAUGGGAGCGACGCUAAUGGCAACCACUUGCAUCCUCCUCUGCGCAGGCCUUGCCGCAGUUAUAAGCAGUACGUAUACCAUCAAAAAGCCUCUAAACAACGCAGUAUAUGGAGCUCAUGGUGACUUCACAGUCGCAAUCAAAUACGUAACAAUCCUCACAAUCUUUCUCUUCGCUUUUUUCUCUCAUUCUCUCUCCAUUCGCUUCAUCAACCAAGUCAAUAUUCUCAUUAACUCUCCUCAAGAGCAUUCCUCUGAUGAUUUCGGCGGCAUCGGAAGCUUCGUGACUCCCGAGUAUGUCUCUGAACUACUCGAGAGAGCUUUCUUGCUCAACACGGUAGGUAAUAGGCUGUUCUAUAUGGGAUUGCCUUUGAUGUUAUGGAUCUUCGGGCCUGUGCUUGUGUUCUUGAGCUCUGCGUUGAUGGUUCCAGUUCUUUAUAACCUCGACUUUGUGUUCUUGUUGAGCAAUAAGGAGAAGGGUAAAGUGGAUUGCAAUGGAGGUUCUGAUGAUCACUGCUCUCCUUGAUUACAUACUGUAAUGUUGAUGUUUGAUUAUGAUUAAUGAUAAACUUGUUUGUGGUUAAUCUAGAUCUUUCGAAUUGAGUGUUGCUAAAUUGCUUUUAAUA